AUGCCCUUUUAGCAUUCAUUUACAACUUUGGUGGGUUGCUCUGAUUUAAAAGCAAGCUGGCUUUAUCAAGGCAUGGGCAUAAGUGACCUAACACUGCAAACAAAAUGUUGCUUCUAGCUUCAGCUUUUUUUCUAACAUUACUGCAGUGCUCUAAUGCCCAAAUUACACCUGCAGACUGUAACACCAUUGAAACAGAUGCAAGAGUGGCCCUGGAUUUGGUCAACAGACAUCGCAGAGAUGGUUAUGUUUUUGGUUUAUUCCGUGUUGCCGAUGCACAUGAACUACAUUUAGGAAAUUCAACAGUCCUCUACUUAACUUUGGAUGUGCUGGAAACUGAAUGCUCUGUCUUAUCCAGAAGACACUGGGAGUCCUGUGAAUACAGUGACACCUACCCAAUGGACUUUGGGCAAUGUAAGAUUAUCACAUAUACAAACCAUCUGCUGAAGAAACCUCAACUAUAUGGAUUUAAUUGUACAUUAAGUCCAGUUCCACCUGAUGUAGUAGAGUGCAAAGAUUGUCCGGUGAAACUUGAAGCCUUAGAAGUCACUGAGCAACAUAGAGAUAUUGCUACAAAGGCCCUGAAGAAAUUCAACAGUGAAGGUAACCACACAAACAACUUUGCUGUGGAUAAAGUUGAAAGAAUUUUAAAGAUGACUGCCUCCCGUGAAGGUCACAUUUUGGGAUUCUCUAUAAAAGAGACCAACUGUUCCAAAUCUAUGCAGGAAACAGAUCAGGCAUUGGAAUGUGAUUUUCUGCAUGACUGGCAUGCUCACACCGGAUUCUGCAAGGCAAGAAUUAUCAGUGAUGCAGACGGAGCUGAUGGAACAGAUAUAAGCUGUGAAAUCUACCAUCCCUGGCACCAUGGCUGUGGGCGAAGAGGGAAAUAUUCAGCUCUGGGACAUCCACACAGACAUCCCCAUUGUCAUCAUCAUUUUGGUCAAAGACAUCACCAUAAGCAUCACCACAGACAUGAAUGUCCUCCCUUUUCUCAGUCCAGACCUGAAGACCCUGAGCAUAACCCCAAAUCCAGCAAGGAAGAUCAAGACAACAACAAAGGAUUUUCUUCUCCCCCUCCUCCCCACGAUGAACCAGACCACCACCAUCCUACUCCUCCUCCUCAUGGACCAGACCACCACCACCCUCCUCACCACCAUGGACCA